GGUUGCAGUCACCCGGCUGUUGAUGUGGUGUCAAAAAGCAAAGAGUCAAAUUAUUCGGAGUGAGAGAGAUAGAGCGAUACGGCAGGCCAUCAUGCAGUUUUUGGGGCGAUUUGUGUCCAACUUGUUCUCUAGCCCGUACCGGGUGAAGGAGGUGCAGCUCUCCGAGUACGGCACUGGGGGUAAAGUGAGAUUGAGGGAGGAAGGCCGGAUGGUGCUGUACAAAAACUCCUCCUGUCAGUCCUGGGACUGCAUACUGCUGUGCCCCGAAACGCCCAGUGUUGCCCUGAGAUUGUUCCAGGUGCCCUCUGAGGAAGAUGCUCUGAACUGGUUCCCGCAGUACGCCCUCAAGCUGCGCCCGUUCUACGAGACGGCCCGCCCCCAGCUCAAAGCUGAGACGCUGCAGACCAUCACGGACAGCCUGCGCAACCAUUCAGACUGGAGCUCCGCCCACAUUGCCGUGGAGACGGGCCUGAGGGACUGCCUGAAGCACAACUAUGUCCUGAGCCAGAUCAACAGCAAGGACGGGACUGGGCAGACACCCCUGCACCUGGCCUGUGAGCGGGGGGAUUUGGCCUGUGUCCGGGAGCUUCUGCACGACUGCCAGGCGCGCACCGACAUUAAAGACCACCAGGGGGACACGCCCAUGCACUGUGCUGCCAAACAGGACUCUGCAGCCAUCAUCCAGGCCCUGUGUGCCCGCCCCUGCGCAGGUGUGAAUGAGCGGAACGCUGCCGGGGAAACGCCUCUGCAUGUGGCCUGCCGGCUCGGGAAGCCGGAGUCACUGAGCGCUCUGAUUCGAGGUGGCGCCCGGUGUGAUGUCAUCGGAGGGCACGGCUACCCCAUCCACUCUGCUAUGAAGUACAGUGAGAAGAGCUGCGCAGAGGCCAUUCUGACUGCAGAGCCUGCGCAGCUGCAGGCUGAGGACGCUCUGUACGGAGGAACCCCGCUACACUGGGCCAAGUCUGCGGAGAUGGCUAACAUGCUCCUGGAGAGGGGCUGCACCGUCAACUACCUGAGCAAAACCGGGGAGAGCGCGCUUCACAUACUGACCAAGAGGGGGCGCUUUGAGGCCGCGAUGGUGCUGCUGACGCACGGGGGCGAUGCCAACCUCCGGGGGCAAGAUGGGAACACAGCCCUGCACCUUGCCAUGAAGAUGGAUCACAUGGAGCUGAUAAAGGCUCUCAUUGUGUUCGGGGCCGAUGUGGAAGUCCCCAACGACCUUGGAGAGACUCCUGGGCUGAUCGCGGCACGGACAAGCAAAGGCCCCAACAGAAAAGUUCUGCUCAACAUGCUGUGUAGUGUAGGGGCGGAGCGGUGUCACCCCCCCUCCCCCGACACCCCUCCCCCGGUCACCAAGAGACCUCCACAGCCAGGCAUAGGGUUUGAGGACAUCAUGCAUGUGGCUGCCACAGUCGGGGCUAUGUCUCGGGGCAAAUCACAGGUGGAUGGCUUCAACGGUGGAAGCAGGAAGACGGACAGACUGCUGUGUCUGGAUGGGGGAGGCAUUAAGGGCCUGGUUCUGAUCCAGAUGCUGAUCGCCCUGGAGAGGGCAGCGGGUCGGCCGGUGAGAGAGCUCUUUGACUGGGUCUCUGGCACCAGCACAGGGGGUAUCCUGGCUCUGGCCAUAGUGCACGGGAAGUCCAUGGAGUACCUGCGCUGCCUGUACUUUCGGAUGAAGGAGCAGGUGUUCCGAGGGUCCCGCCCCUACGAGUCCGGCCCCUUGGAAGAAUUCCUAAAGAAGGAAUUUGGGGAGAACACGAAGAUGACCGACGUCAGGCACCCCAGGGUCAUGGUGACCAGUGUCCUUGCAGAUAGGCACCCAGGAGAGCUGCACCUUUUCCGAAACUACGACCCCCCCGCCCUCCCCCGGGAACCCCCUUACGCCUCCACUGCCACAUUCAAACCCAUAACCAUUCCCCAGGGAUGGGAGGAUGAGGAUGUGUUGAUAGUGGGCUAUUCGCAGGAACCUCCCAAAAAGCGUAGGAAGGUGACAGAUGAAGAGCAGUGUGUCUGGCGUGCAGCCCGGUCAAGCGGCGCCGCCCCCACCUAUUUCCGACCAAUGGGACGCUUCCUGGACGGGGGGCUGCUGGCCAACAACCCAACGCUGGACGCCAUGACGGAGAUACACCACUUCAACAAGGCCCUGAGAGCUCAGGGCAGGGGAGCUGAGGCCCAGCGGCUGGGGAUGGUGAUCUCCCUGGGCACAGGGAAGCCCCCGCAGGUGGCGGUGAGCUCAGUGGACGUCUUCCGGCCUACCAACCCGCUGGAGCUGGCCAAGUCCUUUGUGGGGGCCAAGGAGCUGGGGAAGAUGCUGGUGGACUGUUGCACGGACUCUGACGGUUGUGCAGUGGACCGGGCCAGGUCCUGGUGUGAGAUGACUGAUACCGGCUACCACAGACUGAGUCCCCAGCUGUCCAUGGAGGUGUUGCUGGAUGAGGUGAGCGAUGCCGUGCUGGUCAACAUGCUGUGGGAGACCCAGAUGUACCUUUACAAGCAGAGGGAGCAGAUCCAGGCCCUGGCUCAACAGCUGCUGCAGGACUGACUGACCUACUGACAGACAGACAGACUGACUGACAGACAGCCAGACUGACAGCCAGACUGACAGACAGACAGACAACCAGCCAGGCAGGCAGACUGACAGACAGACAGAAAGGCAGGCAGGCAGGCAGACUGACUGACAGACAGACAGACAGACAGACAGGCUGACAGACAGUCAGACAGAUAUGCUGACAGACAGACGAGGAGGCAAAGUGAAGGAGACAAAAACAAACUGAAACUGAAACUGAAACUGAAAAAGAGGGAGGGGAUGGACGUCAAUAAGAGACGGUCGCGAUUAGUUUGUGACAGUACAAUGACACAAACAUGCACAGCCACGCAAAGAAACAGGAAUUUUCAUUAAAAAUGUCUAUUAUUGACGCCCCUCUGUCUUUGCGCAGGUUUAUAGCGGUAAUACACGAACUGUGCAUAAUCAUUAUCAUACUUAUCUAACUCCCCUGUUUACGAGCGCAGAGAUGUUUGCUAGCAUGCACAUACUGUAGGUCAAAUGUGAGGUGGUUCAAACCCUUACACUCAUCGCCCUGAUCGUUGAUUUAUGACUGUGGUAUUUAUUAUUGCCCUCUGUACUCUGUAUUUACACCUGUUUGUGUGUCAGGUUAUUUUCUUCCAUGUAACCUCUUACUUGAAACCCAUCUUUCAUAUGUACUUUUUAUUUUUAUUUUACUUUGACUAAGCUGUUGCGUAUCAAAGCAUUACAUUUAACAUGGAUACAUCUGUUAAUUACACAGGAUAAACCCGAAGGCUGCCUUGUACUCAUGUAAAUGUAAAUCCAGAAACCAUGUUUUUAUGCUCUGUUUUGGGGUGGAUUUGUGUGUCAUUUCUGUUUCGUAAAGUGAAGGUAAACCACUUCAACUUUGAUACAAUGUGUUCUUGGAAUACAAUUUUUUUAUUGUUUUAGCUGAGCUGCUGUAAUGAAGUGAAUAAUAAAUUAAUAUAUGCAUUAAAUAUAUGUAUGUGAAAUCAAAA